UCCCUUCCCCUCCCCUCCCCUCCCACCACAACACUCACUCAUACACCAGCGCUACUGUGCGGAUAGUGAAUGAUAAGUUGCUUUCCUCCGCAGGGGUUUUGCUCGGGAGUGUUUGAGCUGAAGUUGCAGGAGUUCCUGAACAAGAAGGGAGUACAGGGCAACAAAAACUGCUGUAAGGGGGGCCUGGCCUCGUCUUUCCAGCAGCAGUGCGAGUGUCAAACCUUCUUCAGGAUCUGUCUCAAGCACUACCAGCCCAACGCCUCCCCGGAGCCUCCGUGCACCUACGGCGGCGCUGUGACGCCCGUGCUCGGCUCCAACUCGUUCCAGGUCCCCGAUGUCAUCCCCGAGAGUUCAUUCAGCAACCCCAUCAGGAUUAACUUCGGCUUCACGUGGCCGGGGACCUUCUCGCUGAUCAUUGAGGCAUUACACACCGACUCCAAAGACGACCUCUCCACAGAGAACCCAGACCGCGUUAUCAGCACCAUGACCACCCAGAGGCAUCUAACGGUGGGAGAGGACUGGUCUCAGGACCUGCACACCGGCAGCAGGACGGAGCUCAAGUACUCGUACCGCUUCGUGUGCGAUGAGCACUACUACGGCGACGGCUGCUCGGUGUUCUGCCGGCCGAGAGACGACGCCUUCGGCCACUUCACCUGUGGAGAGCGCGGGGAGAUUGUGUGCGACUCCGGGUGGAAGGGACAGUACUGCACUGAACCGAUCUGCCUGCCAGGCUGUGACGAAGAGCACGGCUUCUGCGAGAAACCCGGAGAGUGCAAGUGCAGAGUGGGAUUCAAAGGCCGCUACUGCGACGAGUGCAUUCGUUACCCGGGCUGCCUCCACGGGACCUGCCAGCAGCCCUGGCAGUGCAACUGUCAGGAGGGCUGGGGGGGACUCUUCUGCAACCAAGAUCUCAACUACUGCACUCACCACAAGCCCUGCAUGAAUGGAGCCACUUGUAGCAACACUGGUCAGGGCAGCUACACCUGUUCCUGCAAGCCGGGCUUCACUGGGGCCAGCUGUGAGAUCCAGGUCAACGAAUGCGCUGGAAACCCCUGUCGCAACGGAGGAAGCUGCACUGAUUUGGAAAACACAUAUACCUGCACUUGCCCUCACGGUUUCUAUGGCAACAACUGCGAGCUGAGUGCCAUGACGUGUGCUGAUGGGCCCUGCUCCAACGGUGGCCGCUGUGCUGACAACCCUGAUGGAGGCUACUUCUGCCAGUGCCCCACAGGAUACGCAGGGUUCAACUGCGAGAAGAAGAUUGACCACUGCACCUCCAGCCCCUGCUCCAAUGGUGCACGAUGUGUGGAUCUUGUAAACUCGUACCUGUGUCAGUGUCCAGAUGGUUUCACUGGCAUGAACUGUGACCACACAGGGGACGAGUGCUCUGUGUACCCUUGCCAAAACGGCGGGACGUGCCAGGAAGGUCUUAAUGGCUACACCUGCACAUGCCCGCCAGGAUACACCGGCCGCAACUGCAGCUCUCCCAUCAGCCGCUGUGAACACAACCCAUGCCACAACGGUGCCACCUGCCAUGAGAGAAACAACCGCUACGUCUGCGCGUGUGUUCCUGGCUACGGUGGCAGAAACUGCCAGUUCUUGCUUCCAGAGCACGCUGCAAUCCGCGGGUCAGAGGUGCCCUGGAUGGCCGUCGGGUCCGGCGUGGCCCUUGUGCUGCUGCUGUUGGCAGGAUGCGCUGUACUUGUUGGAUUUUUCCGAUCAAAAGCCCAGCGCGGCGGUCAACUAGAAACCGUCGGCGAGGGAGAGACAAUAAAUAACCUGACUAACAACUGUCACCGGAGUGACAGAGACCUGGCAGUCAGUGUGAUGCCGACACCAGGCGUCAAAAAUAUCAACAAGAAGAUGGACUUCUGCAGCGGUGACCCCGAUGAAGGAUCUUCACCGGAGAGGAGCAGCUACAAGAGCCGCCAUCCGCCCGCGGACUACAACCUCGUACACGAGGUUAACUACGAGCAGGCGGCUAAAGAGGCCAUGCUGGAGGCGGCCUGCGAGGACAAGUGCCAAUCCCAAUCCCUAGACUCAUUUGAGUUUGAGGAGAAACGCAGCAAACGUUUAAAAUGCGAUGCAUCAGAAAAGAAAGCCCCAGAAAUGUCUGCAUGUGCGGACACCAAGUACAAAUCUGUGUUUGUGAUGUCAGAGGAAAAGGACGAAUGUAUAAUUGCAACUGAGGUGUAACGAGCCACCAAUGGGCUGCCCGUUGCUCAUUUGCUCUAUGGGAGAGUUUUUAUACUCCUUCAGAUGCUGCUCUAACCCUAGGGGGAGGUGUCCCGCCUUGAGACUGCUGCUGAUAUUGAGACGUUUAACUGAUAUUCAGAGUGAGCUGGUUCUCUACUGGAAAAUAAGCGCAGGCAGCGGCGGCCUGUGGGAUAAGAACUGGCGGGGUAAAAAAAAAAAAAAGAAAAAGAAAAGAGUUUACGGUUUAAAGUAAACUGCCACUUAGCUUUCUUUUCUGCCUUUCAUCGGGGAGAGGGGGUAAACAAAAUAAAAUAUAAACGGACACUGUCUCGUGGCGAUAACGUGCGAUGCUACGACUUUUGUUUUUGCAACAUUUGCACCCAGGCCUUUUCUCUAACCCACACGCCGUUGCUGAGCGCAGGAACUGCAUCAAACGGUGGAUGUUUGGCCAUACUGGCCUGUUCUUCAUGAGGCUGUUCACAUGGGCUGUGCACCCAUCACUACACCUGUGAAGACUGUAUGUAUACUUGAUCACUGUGUUAACUGAAGUGCGUUUUCUUCCCCAAGCCCUCCAAACCAUUUAUGACAUAGUAUUGUUCUUCUUUUGUUUCUGUUCGGGACAUGAAAACUUUGUCUUAAUUGAAAAAAAAUGUUGCUUUUUGAUACAUAUUGUCCUUUUGUAAAAUAAAGAAAGAAAAAAACAAGAAAAAAGUUAUGAUUUAAAAUUAUGAUUUAAUUUAAGUUAAUUUAAUGACUGUGUUAUUUUUAUUUUGUAUUGUAUAUUUGUGAUGUUUGUUAUGAUUAUUUAAGUUGUUUUUUUUAAUGAUGAUAUUUGCAAAGGCACUUCAGGUCAAUGGGACUUUUUUUAAGAAAAUGUUAUUUAAGAGGGAUUGUACUGUACAAAUUGUUAUGUUACUGUCUCCUUUACCGUUUUUGAAUGAAGGAAUUAGCCAAGACUAUUUUUCCAAAUAAAUAUUGCUAAACAUGAAAUUUUAA